GUUUAUUGAAAUUUAAACCAACAUUUUUCCUCGUCAACGGAGCACUCGAAAGACUGUGAAGCUAAUUAUUUUCUGUAGUCACAAUGGGAGGCUAAUAAACAAGUCUUUGGAGGGUUGGUGAAUCCCCAGAGUGUUUUUGUCUCUUCCCACUCUGGGUGUCUUGUAAAUUCCCAGCACCAUGGCCGAGGAAGAGUAUGGUAGAUUUGUGAACUGGACCCAGAUGGGGGACUUGGCCAAGAUCACUGGACCCUCCAAGGUUGACUGUAAGGACCUGAAAGAGUUCAAACUGAUGGCUCGUCAGGGCCACUGGGCCAACAAUCACAAAUUACGGGCACAAGUGUACCAGCAGCUCAUCAAAGCCAUUCCCUGUCGCUCAGUUACUCCAGACGCACAAGUAUAUCGUGACGUUAUGGGAAAUGUAGCCACUAAGAAGCCCUCGUCCCUUGUCCCGUUACCAGAGUUUGUGGAUGGAAGUCCUGUGCCGCGCUACUGCCUAAAAUCAGAGGCAGUGGGCUCAGUCCAUCAGAUCAUCAACUGUGUAGCUGGACAGUUUCCAGAUAUCUCUCACUGUCCGUCGCUGCCAGCCAUCACAGCGUUACUCCUGCAUUUCAGUAGCGAUGAAGCUCAAUGUUUUGAGCACGUCAGCCGUAUAUUGUCCUGCAAUGAGCCAGGUAAACGACUGCUGGACCAGACUUUCCUUGCUUAUGAGUCCAGCAGCAUGACAUUUGGAGACCUGGCCAAUAAAUACUGCUCUGCUGCCCACAAACUGAUCGUGGCCACAGCCCAGGAUGUAAUGGAAGUCUACUCCGACUGGCAGCGUUGGGUGCUGGGUGACCUUCCCUUCAGCCAUGUUGUCAGAGUGCUGGAUGUUUACCUGGUGGAGGGCUACAAGGUUCUGUUUCGCGUGGCUGUAGCCUUGCUCAAGUUCUAUCGUAAACAUAAAGCAGGGGCCCAGCAGGAGCAGCAGCAGGACUCUGCAAAAGUCCGGCUUGAUAUUCAGACAUUUGUGAAGAACAUCGCCUCCACCAUCACACCUGACAAGUUACUAGACAAGGCCUUCUCCAUCCGUCUGUUCAGCCGUAAGGAGAUCACCCUGCUGCAGCUUACGAAUGAGAAGUCUCUGCAGCAGAAGGGAAUUACGGUCAAACAGAAGAGGCGGAAUGUGCAGCUGGCACUUAACCCUGACACCUUCUCCUCCGAAAUUGUCAGCACCAAGGAGAUGCGAGACAUCUGGUCAUGGAUCCCGGAGAGGUUUGCCCUGUGCCAACCACAGCUCCUUUUCACCACCUCCACCCACGGCUGCAGCCUGAACAGGUUCUAUUCCCAUUGUGAAGGCUAUGAACCCACUCUGCUCCUGAUCCGGACCACAGAUGGCGAUGCGUGCGGAGCAUUUCUGUCCACAGACUGGGAAGAACGUAAGAGAGGAGGCAACAAACUGAGCUUCUUUGGCACGGGGGAGUGCUUCGUCUUCAGGCUAAAACCUGAGAUGGAGCGCUAUGAGUGGGUGGUGAUUCGUCAUCCCGAGCUCGCCUCCUCCAUCAAGGCCCAGGGCCAGGAGGACGCGGCCUCCUCCGAAGGCCAAAGCGCUAACAGCAACAGUCUGCAGCAGCCGGACAAACCCCCUGGAGAGCUGUCACCCUUCCUUUCAACCCACCACUUCAACCUCAACUCCAAGAAUACAUCCAUGUUCAUGGCUGGCAAUGUUGAUUUCAUCAUCGUGGGGGGAGGCGAGGGCAACGCACUGUACAUCGACUCUGAGCUGAACCACGGACGCACUGGCAGUUGUGCCACCUUUGACAACCCGCCUCUGUGUGCAGAGAUGUUCCAGGUUUCUCUGCUGGAGGUGUGGGGCUUCCAGGAUGCCAUGGCACCUUAACACCACAUGCAUUGUGGUAUAUACAUAUGUAAAGUUCAUGCAUUUACAGGUAGUUUCCUUUCACAUUUGAGCAUAUUUAAGGCAGUGUCUCAUGUGGCGUCUGUGCAGAUGUGCAAACAAAACCACAUCCAUCCCGCAAUUACGUGUAUGAAGUAUUAAUUGUUGCAGGUGGUCCUGGUGUAUUUGAACAAAAAUGUGGAAACAUUAUCCCAAUUGUACAUUAAUUACGGUUCAUCUGAAGUUAAUUGUCAGCUGUGAUGUGUUCAGGCAACGCUGUGAAGUUUGAAAUCCUGACUUUAUAAGUAGUUUUUCUUGUCGUCUCGUUUAGCUAGCUCUGCAGUCUGAUGAAAUGUUGUACGUCAGGCUAAGCUGACACUGAGGUAUGUGCUAAAUUGUGUGAAAUCAAGAGAUUAGGUUAGGAAAAGUGGGUGGUUUUAUUUUUGUUUUUUUAUUAAUAGUAUUAUGUAAAUAUGAAAAAUGAAAACAAGCUAAAUCGGUGGCGUGUCAUGUAC